CGCGGGGCGGAGGCCGCGCCUGGCGGCUGGAGGUUGCGUCUGUUGGAAGGCAGCUUUUGGCUGCUUGGUAACGGGCUGCCAGAACCCAGAGAGGCAGAGAGCAGGGCAGCUGCUUCUUGACGUCAAGACCGAGCGAGGGGACCGCGCCAGCCACCCUAGCCCGCCUCACAGCGGGCUGGCCGCCUGGGGGUGGGGGGAAGGAGCCCGGUACCCGGGGCCCCGCGGACAGAGAGGGGGCGUGGGAGCCGGUCCGCAGGGGCGCAGCAUGCCCCUCGCCCCCGGGCCAUGGAGAUCCCCCGGGUGCCCCUGGAGAAUGGCGGUGCCAUGACGAUCAGGGAAGCAGGAGAGGCCAGGGUCACCGGAGGAGAGCUCCGCUGCCCAACGACGGCUGCGCUCAGCGGUGGACCCAAGGAGCCGCCGCCAAGGGAGCGCCGCGCAGAGAGGGGCGCGGACAGGGCCGCGGACCCGGGAGGCCGGCCGGCGCCACCGCUACCCCAGGAGCUGCCCCAGCCUAGCCGACUGUCGCUGGAGGAUGAGGAGGGAGACGGUGACCCCGCCCUGGGCGUGGCGGAGGAUCAAGUGCUCCUUUCGGAGUCCCUCCACCACCAGCGCGUCCUCAUCAACAUCUCGGGGCUGCGCUUCGAGACGCAGCUGGGCACCUUGGCGCAGUUCCCCAACACGCUCCUGGGGGACCCGGCCAAGCGCCUGCGCUACUUCGACCCGCUGAGGAACGAGUACUUCUUCGACCGCAACCGGCCCAGCUUCGACGGCAUCCUCUACUACUACCAGUCUGGGGGCCGGCUGCGGAGGCCGGUCAACGUCUCUCUGGAUGUGUUCGCAGAUGAGAUCCGCUUCUACCAGCUGGGGGACGAGGCCAUGGAGCGCUUCCGCGAAGACGAGGGCUUCAUCAAAGAUGAGGAGAAGCCCCUGCCCCGCAACGAGUUCCAGCGCCAGGUGUGGCUGAUCUUCGAGUAUCCGGAGAGCUCAGGCUCCGCCCGGGGCAUCGCCAUCGUCUCGGUCCUGGUCAUCCUCAUCUCCAUCAUCACCUUCUGCCUGGAGACUCUGCCUGAGUUCAGGGAUGAACGCGAGCUGCUGCGCCAUCCCCCCGUGCCCCACCAGCCCCCUGGACCCGCCCAGGGGGCCAAUGGCAGCGGGGCCGUGGCGCCCCGCUCUGGCCCCACGGUGGCACCUCUCCUGCCGAGGACCCUGGCUGACCCCUUCUUCAUCGUGGAGACCACGUGCGUCGUCUGGUUCACCUUCGAGCUGCUGGUGCGCUUCUUUGCCUGCCCCAGCAAGGCCGAGUUCUCCCGGAACAUCAUGAACAUCAUCGAUGUGGUGGCCAUCUUCCCCUACUUCAUCACGCUGGGCACUGAGCUGGUGCAGCAGCCAGGCGGCAGCGGAGGCGGCGGCCAGAACGGGCAGCAGGCCAUGUCCCUGGCCAUCCUCAGAGUGAUCCGCCUGGUCCGCGUGUUCCGCAUCUUCAAGCUCUCCCGCCACUCCAAGGGGCUGCAGAUCCUGGGCAAGACCUUGCAGGCCUCCAUGCGGGAGCUGGGGCUGCUCAUCUUCUUCCUCUUCAUCGGAGUCAUCCUCUUCUCCAGCGCCGUCUACUUCGCGGAGGCCGACAACCAGGAGACCCAUUUCUCCAGCAUCCCAGAUGCCUUCUGGUGGGCAGUGGUCACCAUGACCACGGUGGGCUAUGGGGACAUGAGGCCCGUCACAGUAGGGGGCAAGAUCGUGGGCUCGCUGUGCGCCAUCGCUGGCGUCCUCACCAUCGCCCUGCCAGUGCCAGUCAUCGUCUCCAACUUCAACUACUUCUACCACCGGGAGACGGACCACGAGGAGCAGGCAGCCCUUAAGGAGGAGCAGAGCGGCCAGAGCCAGGGGACAGGACCUGCCAGCGGAGGCCAGCGGAAGGCCAGCUGGAGCAAGGGGUCCCUCUGUAAGGCUGUGGGGUCCCUGGAGAAGGCAGAUGGAUCUCGAAGGGGCAGCAGCCCCCUGGAGAAGUGUAACCUCAAGGCCAAGAGCAACGUGGACUUGCGGAGAUCCCUGUACGCCCUCUGCCUGGACACCAGCCGGGAAACGGAUUUGUAAGGGGGACCCAGGCAGACAGCUGGCAGUGGGCUGGGUAUAGCGGGGGUCUUCUGACCCACCCUGGGUAUCUAUUUCAUGCACAGAGUAUUUCAAGCCCACCCUGUAACCUAGGUCUGUCCCUCUUUCACUGCUUCCCUCCUGCCUCCCCCACAAUCCCCUCAUUUUCCCUUUUCUUUCCACGACAUCAAGGGUCGCCUAUUUUUAAAAAGUACCACAUUCCAUGACGCAGGAGCCGUUGAAAUAGUGAGCACUGUGAGAUGCACGUAUUUGUAGCCAGUUUCCUAUACCCAGCAGAGGGAUAACCCAAACAAAAAUGACUUUAAAUAGCCCAGAUUCCCCAGAGAUUUUAUAACCCACCCCCAUUCCCUGUGUCCCAGAUUUGCUUUACAUAUGAUUAUAUUUGUGUAUCAGGGAAAAUAUUAUUUUUAAGGCUGGUGAGUGGAUUUUUGUACUGUAGUUCAGAUGGAGAUAUUUUGGAUAUAUUUUCAAGACAUAUGUUGUAUUUAUGGAAGAGAAGGUUAUUGUGACAUUCUCCUGUGAUGCUUUUAUUAGAGCCAGAGACCCUGGUCAUGACUGUUCUGGUUUCUGUAUCUGCAAGCCUCUCUCUUUUCUAAGAUGUAUCGGUGCUUUGUGUCUAGGGCAGGAAAUGCUCUGGAAGAAAGGCAAGUCUAACUUUUUCUGUUCGCCUUAAGCAAUUCUUGUAACUUUCUUCUGCAAAAAGCAUUUUAAUGAUGCUGGAGGAAGACAUCUGAUCAUUUAUUCUCUUGAAUUUUAUCCCAGGAAAUAAAAGGUUACUUGG